CGACCAUGAGGCUAGAGCACGGGCACCGGGCUUCUCUGGCGCUCACCCUCAACUUUGUGGCGUUUGCUUUUGCCUUAUCAGCGGUGACCACCAACUACUGGUGCGAGGGGACCAGGAAGGUGGCCAAACCCUUCUGCACAGGACCGCCUGUGAAAGUGAAGCAGUGGUUCUGCAUCCGCUUCAACAGCUCCAACAUCAAUGACACCCGGCUGGUGCAGUACAUCUUCGAGACCGGAGAGGAGAAGUUUCUGUUGAGGAAGUUCCACACGGGCAUAUUUUUCUCCUGUGAGCAGGCCGUUGACAUGAACGGGUUUGACUGUCGAGACUUCUCAGAGAUCGCACCAGAGCAUGAAAGAGGGGUCCUGUGGUUGUGUAUCGUGGCUGAGAGUCUUUACCUCACCCUGCUCUUCACAGGGGGGGCUCUGAUGACUCUGGAGCAGUGUCCCUGCUUCAGUAUCAUGAACAAACUGAAGCUCAGUGCCUUCGCUGCCUUGUGCACUGCCCUGUCAGGCCUUUGUGGGAUGGUGGCCCACAUGAUGUUUACCACCAUAUUCCAGCUGGCUGUCGCUAUGGGACCAGAAGACUGGAGGCCCAAGACCUGGGAUUACAGCUGGUCUUAUGUCUUAGCGUGGGGCUCUUUUGGCACCUGCAUGGGUUCUGCGGUGACAGCUCUGAACAGGUACACGAAGACAAUCAUAGAGUUUAAAUACAAGCGGCGGAACAUCGAGAAGAGCCUGAUGAUCAAGCAGAAGAUGAUGGAGCUGGACUUUCCCGAGCAGGUGUGGGACAUGUACCUGACGGCUGUGCCCACUGACGCAGAGGCACCGCUAGAACUGCCGGUGAACGGCCACAAGCCCUCCACAGGAACCACGUACGUGGUGGAAAUGGACAAUGUACCAGAACAACAAGGAGAGGCAUACUGCUGAAGAUGGAGUCAUGAUCCCUGUCCCUGUGCCCCACUGGCUGAUUUCCUGGACCUAGAUUGACUCUUGUUCUAGGAUUUAAAUUUCUAAUUCAGGACAGUGUUUGUUUGUUUUGUGCCACACAUCAAAUGUGUGUCUGGGACGCCAGACCUCAGAAUCUUUUUUUGGAAAUAAUGUAACAUGGUCUGCUUUGACCCAACAUGCUUUUCAUCAAAUCUUUCCAUGCGAUAUUGUCUGUUGGAGGAAGGGAGGAGGGAUCCCACCGUAUUCACACUAAGCUGUGACCGUGUGCAGCGGCAGCUCGGAUCCUUCAUCUCUGUCUCAGACGUUUGGCCUUUUUAACCCAAGUUAUAGAUAAAAUGUUACUUGUCUGUUGCUGUCGGUUGCUUGUCGGUCACCUGCUCAGUGGGAGGGACAACGGUCGGCCCGAAGCAUCAGGGGCCCGCUGGAUCAAAGUCUCUGGUUAAGGUGACUUAGUAUGUCUUGUUGGAAACACAAAUGACCACAAAGAGACACAAAACAGCCACAAGGAGACGCAAAGUGACUAGAAACAUUGCAAGCGACUGUUUUAUGUCUUUCAGUCUAGAGGUCGGUCUGUAGGGUUGGGGGGGUGGGGGUGGGAGGGGGCGGUCAUUCAACAUGUUUCUGUCUGAGGCCCUGUUGUUGUUGUUGUUGUUGUCUCAAAAAAGAACAUUUCAUUUGUCCAGAGCACCACUGUAAGUAUUAUACUGUUAUUCAGGGACAGAUGUGUGUGUGUGUGUUUGUGCUCGGUUCGUCACACAGCUCGUAUUGGGCUGAGAAGAUCAGCCAGGACUCGUUGCUCUGUAAAUGAAAAUUUACGGUACGUGCAUAUACAAGUCAAUCUUAAUUCACAGUUUUGAUGGUGCUCACUGGGAAUAUCAACAAAAUGCACCAUUUGUAUCCGGGCUUCGGUUCUGUCGCUGAUUGUUUAGAAUCUACUUUGUAUUCAAAUUUAAAUCAGGAAUUUGCUUUUCCUGUUUCCUCAUUUUUCUUGAAACAGCUGUCGUCUUUGAUGGUCACAGCUCUAACGACUUAUCUGAUGUUUUAAUGGAUGGUGAACAUUUUCUCAUUCGAGAUAUAAAUCAAACGUUGAUAGCACCAGGCCAAAUGUCUUUAAUGGAGUAAGACUGACAUCUGUUGGAACGAAACUAUAUGAUACAUCUUGGAUGGAAUGGAUUGGAAUGGAUGGUGUAUCACUU